CGAAGAGGUCCUGCGCCGGCGGCCGGCCGCCUUUUCGGCUGUGCGCAGCGUUCGUCGUCCAAAGGCAACGCCGUCGCAGGUUAUAAAAAACGCUCCUGUCAAUGAUCUGGGAAAGAGGCGCGACGCUACGCCGAGACGGCCUCGAAGGCUCGCUCUAACCGACGCCCGUUUUCACAUGCGACUCGAAUUCGCCUCCGUCUCAGCAGUUCGACCAGCCCGGAAAUGACCUCGGCCGUCUACUUGGAGCACUACUUGGACAGCCUCGAGCACCUGCCGGUCGAGCUCCAGCGCAACUUCACUCUCAUGCGCGAUCUUGACACGAGGGCCCAGAACGUCAUGAGGAACAUCGACCAGCUUGCCGAUGACUUCAUGGCAAACCUUAAGAACCUGACAAGCGAAAAGCGCAAGGAGGCUAUGGCCGACAUACAGCAGCAGUUCAACAAGGCUAAGGAGUACGGUGAUGACAAGGUCCAGUUGGCGAUCCAGACGUACGAGCUUGUCGACAAGCACAUACGCCGCCUCGACUCUGACCUUGCACGUUUUGAAUCAGAGAUUCAGGACAAGGUCACUUCAAACACUCGCCCCACAGACGAUCAAGUAUCUGUCGCUGUCAAAAAAGGAAGAAAGAAAAUUAAAGAAAAAGAAAAGAAGAGGAAAGGGUUGAGUUCUGACGACGACUCAGGCGGAAAAACAUUAAAGAAGAGAAAGAAAACCGGAGGAAAAGCAGUGGGUGGUAAAAACGCAGGCGGUAAAGCAACCAGCAUACCUGCGAGCGACUCCCCAUUGGCCGUGCUGCCUCUAGCCAGCGGUGAUGUCCUCGACAUGCCAGUCGACCCGAACGAGCCGACCUACUGCCUCUGCCACCAGGUCUCCUAUGGGGAGAUGAUCGGUUGCGACAACCCUGAUUGUCCAAUCGAGUGGUUCCAUUUCGCAUGUGUUAACCUGACGACGAAACCCAAGGGAAAGUGGUUCUGCCCAAAAUGCAUUUCGGACCGAAAGAAGAAAUGAUCUUCACAUUUUAGCGUAUUGUUUUUUGUUUGUUUUUUAUUGUAAUUUUUUGAUUUUGUAUGAACGAACGGAGAAGAAAAAAAUUUUUCAUUAUGUAAAUUAAUGAUAUAUAUUUUGUAUUAAUUAAGUAAGCUUAAAAAAGAAAUUAAAAACAUAAUAAAUUAUAUUUAAUGUUGCAAUUUUUUUCUUCUUUUCUAUUUUCCUAAUGUUAAAUUUUUGCGUUGCUAUACUAAUACUUUGCACAACUGUUGUAUGUGACGCCAUAUUCUGCCACAUAGACGGCCACAUAGAUAUUGUCAAUUUGGCAUAAUUUUGUAAUGUCCCGUCAAAAUAGUGAGAUCGAUUGGACAAAUUGUAUUUAUAUAAUUUACAACCUCCUUUGUCUUAGAUUCCUGAAAGCGCAAGCCAUUCAGUUUUGGACGAUGUUAUGUCGAGAUAUCUGAACUUGAACUCAUUCGAGGCAAACAGAUUUUUCAUCUAACAUGGUGGGAUUUGGAAAGUAGUUUGUAGCUUCAUUGGUCGACCCGAACUUGAAAAUGUGAGUCUUCUUUGUACUAUGGUUGUUAAGGUCAGUAAAAGUGUCUGUAUAGUGUGUGGCUUCCCAAACUGUGGUACUUGGUGAUCGUCGAGAAAAAUGCAGCAUGAAUAAAUCAAAUUAAAAACUAAUAAUAACAUAGUCCUGAUUUUUUAAAAUUUUAUUUAUUAUACGUUUAUUUUUGAAAACUUAAACAAAAUAGGUAAGGUAGGAUGGAUGGGACUUGACUGUUUGGUCGAUCGGUUGGAAUUUUGUUGUUGAUACUGGGGUCCUUCAUUACCAGGAACUGAUACUUCUGGAACACACUGAAAUUUUUCCAGUGUUGUGUAUAAACAAAAAAUAUUGAGCAGAUGCCCACUUCUUCUCUGGUGCCUACAGCCUCCACGGCCAGGCAUUUCUGUUGCGAGCAAGUGCUCACUUCAUCUCUGGUGUCUACAGCCUCACCGCCAGCCAAUUCUGUAGCAAGCAUGUGCUCACUUCUUCUCUGGCAUCUACAGCCUCUGCGGCCAGGCAUUUUUGUUGUGAGCAGGUGCCCACUUCUUCUCUGGCGCCUACAGCCUCGCCGCCAGCCAAUUCUGUAGCGAGGAAAUGCCCACUUCUUCUCUGGCAUCUACAGCCUCGUCGGCCAGCCAAUUCUGUUGCAAGCAUGUGCCCACUU